GUUGCCCAAACGGUGUGAAGGUGUGGUUUUUGUUUUGCGAAAAAUUGGUUGUAAUUCGAUUUUGAAUGAUGGGAAUCAGGAAUACUGGCAAACUAGCCGGCAAAACAUUGUUUAUCACCGGAGCUUCGCGAGGAAUCGGCAAAGCAAUCGCACUAAAAGCGGCCCGUGAUGGGGCGAAUGUGGUGAUCGCGGCAAAAACAGCCGAACCACACCCGAAGCUAAGCGGAACGAUCUACACGGCGGCAGCCGAAAUUGAAGCCGCCGGUGGUAAGGCGCUAGCUUGCGUGGUGGAUGUCCGCGAUGAAACUGCCGUACGGACCGCCAUCAGAGGGGCUGUGGACAAGUUCGGUGGAAUCGAUAUCUUGGUCAACAAUGCCAGCGCAAUUUCGUUGACUCCGACGGAGCAGACCGAGAUGAAGCGAUAUGAUCUGAUGAAUAACAUCAACACUCGCGGCACGUUCCUGGUAUCCAAGGAGUGCCUCCCGUAUUUGAAGAAGAGUACCCACGGUCACAUCCUAAACCUUUCACCUCCACUGAUUUUAAAGCCUGAGUGGUUCGCUCGCAACUUGGCCUACACGAUCGCCAAGUACGGCAUGUCGAUGUGCGUCCUGGGGAUGGCCGAAGAGUGCCGGAAGGAUGGUAUUGCGGCCAAUGCCCUAUGGCCGGCAAAACUAGUUCAUACGGCCGCUGUGGAUAUGAUCCACGGCGAUGGAGCCGAGAGCGUUUCCCGCAAGCCGGAGAUCUUGGCGGAUGCUGCGUACGCCAUCCUUUGCAAGGAUCCUCGCUCCUGCACCGGAAACUUCUUUAUCGACGAAGAUCUACUGCAGGCCGAAGGCGUUACCGAUCUGAGCGAGUACUCGUGCGUUCCGGGCAACGAGAAGAACAUUCAGCUGUGUGGCUUUGUAGAUGUCAAUAGAUCGAAGUUGUAAACAAAUGUGGAAUCCAUUUUGA